GAGCCGCACGAGAGCCCGAAGCCACAACCGAUUGGCAACAUAGCCUUCACACUAUUGAUCACGACGGCGACAGUAUGCCUGCUCUUCGUAUUAUGGAGGCGAGCAGAUGCAUUGAGAGGAGCGGUAUCACAUCAAUUGAAAACAUGGUCCCGCCGAGAAGGCAACAUUCGUCUAUCAGAAGAUGAUGGCCCUUCCGCCCAAUCCUUCCUUGAGGAUACCGUCUACGACGCGGAUAACGACCACAUAGAAGACUCGGACGAACUCGCAGUGCAGAAGCGCGUCGAACGUAUCCGUCAGCAGCAGGAAGGAGGUCAGGGUCUAGGCGAGCAUUGGCAGGAAGUCGGCGCCGAGUUGAGGACAGGGGAGGGGAGCGGCAUAGGGUCGGGCCCCACCUCACCAUUUGGUGUGGGGGAUGAUGGUGAGGGCGACGAUGAGAGCCGAAGGGCUUGGGAGAGUCAUAAGAGAGGGGCAUCAGUUUCGAGCGAGGCAACAGUUCGGGGAUGA